AUGUCUGAAAUACCUAGCCAACAGGUGGUCAGUACCGGAAUCGACAAUGCAAAUGCGAAGAUGGGGCUCGAACAACAAUCCAAUGUGCUAGAAAAAUGGUAUUACCCAGCGGAGCGCGCGUCGGACAACGGUGCCCGUCUGGUCGACUUGUGCGAACAGACGGGCCUCAUCAUCGCUUCCACGUUUAAGAGUAAUCAUCGACGCCAUCAGCUCACGUGGAAGGGGUCAACCCUUCUAAUGCCUGAAGAGCAGCGCAAGCGUAAGAUGACUACUCUUAAACUUCAGCUCGACUACGUUCUGGCGAGGAACAUUCCUCAGAUAUCGGAAAAUCUAGAGCUGUUUGGGACGUUGCUUUCGAUUGUGACCUCGGUCCAGUUCUCGGCAUUAAGAUACGGUUCCACAAGAGGAACCGAGGAGUACCCUUCACAAAAAUCGAUAUGGCAGAUCUGA